AUGAGCAGGCCAACUGGGCGUAUUCACUUUGACAGCUCCAGCGAACGUAUCCCUGUUGAUAAGGGCGCAAAAGACAAUUGUCCCGCAGCACAUGUUACUGUUGCAAAUAUUCCUUCCAACUUGUGCGAUACCAAUCAGAGAACCCUGUACCUCGGGAAUUCUGCUGCGCUUUCUUUUCUUCAGAAUAUUCAAGAGCUGAUGCAGGUGGAAGAGGAGCUUCCUGCAUUGUCAGAGGAUUUGUCCAAUAAUGCACCAUUUGAAGAGCCGACGUCUCACAUCCGUGAGAGCUUCUCGCUCUACGAUUGUCUUGAUGGCCCCGGCCUAGCCUCGCUAGUAGACGUUUUUUUCACGUCGACUUGCGGUAUUUUGGACAUCUUCAACCGGUCUCACAUCCAAGGUCUUGUUGACUGCUGGGUAAAUAGAACACUUUCGGGAUCGAGCUCUAAUGCUACAAUCCUAUACCUUGUGAUUGCAUACGCUGCGCAGACUCGUAGCGCCUCCGAAGCUGACAAAAGAAUUUCUCAAGGUUGCUUUCACCACGGUCAUCAGCUUGCAGUUCUUGAGUUAACGAGCGAGCCUAGCAUCGAAAGCGUGCAAUCGUUCUUACUUAUCAGCUUAUAUAUGCUUGGUUGUUCUCAGCGUAAUGGUGCCCAUUUCAAUUUGGGAAUUGCGCUAAGCGCGGCGAGGGCUCUUGGGUAUCAUCGUAUGCAUGCAGAAGUUGAACAAAAGAAUGAGUUGCGCAAAAAGGUCCCUGCUGAGCUACGCAGCCUAGAGUACGACUCACCACAAAGCGUUUUAGGUUAUGAACAUCAACGAUAUGUACUCCGAAACGCUAGCGUUGCUUGUGACUACCACUUCAGCAUGAUGCUCCUCACGCGGCCGUUUCUCGUGGCUUGUUUGAGAAUCAGUUUUCAAAAUAACACAAAUCCGCAAUCUGGAGAGUUCUCAAACUAUCAAAACUCGAAUAUUCACAAGGAUGUUGCUCAAGGUGCGAUGCAAGCUAUUGAUGCUGCACUUAGCACAGUUCAACUCAUCUAUGAAAUCUAUGUGGCUGGCUUGCUAUUCAAUAAUAUGCCUCUUGUUGUGGCCCGAGUAUUUGUAUCAGCUUUGACAGUUUGUGCGGCCUUUCUUGGCCGACUAGGUGAUCCCAAAGAAUGUGAGCUUGCCAUUCACCGGGCCGAUCAAAUCCUACAGCACUUCAUGAAAAGCAGCCCCCAAGCAAAGCAGUAUGACGCUAUUCUGAAGAGGUUGUCAAAGGCCGCUUUUGGGUUUGGCAAUCAUCAAGGACAAAGAGACUCGUCUAAUCGCAUCACUUCAAUUUCGGAUCUAUUCGGAUCGUAUGCGGGUGAUCACCGCGCUUCUGAAGCCCCUCAUGAUACCCUCGCUACGAUCAACUCAGUCGCAGUGGAUCACCCUCAAGGCAUUUCUUUCUCUCGACAUGCUUCCACAUCUAGGCCUUCCCCGCAAGCGGACCCGAUGGUGCCAACAGAGUACGAAACUGCUAUUAUUUCUUCGCAAGCUGAGGAAAUCUGUCGACUUGAUGAUUUCAAUCUCCCCGGCCACCAAACGACAACCGACUCUUUUGGUUUUACGGGAAUUAGUGGAUACAAUUUCUCCCUUGAUCUUCAAACAACUGAGAGCAUUUGGGAUAUCAAUUGGGAUGGAAUGCUUCUAUAA